AUGGCAAAAAAAGAAGAACCGAAAAUUCAGCCAAACAACGAAUUGGAAAAGAAGAUAAUUGAAUCUUUCGAGGUGUUUGAUCAUUCAGGAAAGCAAGUUGUUGAUGUUAGAGAAAUUGGAACAAUAUUGCGAUCUUUAGGGUGUUGUCCAACCGAAGCAGAAAUACAGGAAGUCAUUCUAGCCACCGAAAAUAAGGAAGCCACGGGAAAUGUUCCGCUCAUUAAUUUCCUUCCCUAUAUGUGUAAAGUUAUGACUGAACACAGAUUUUAUCCAGCUAGUGCCGAAAUGUUGCUCGCCGCUUUUCGCUACUUCGACAAAGAAGCUCGCGGGUUUCUCACAAAGGAAAGAUUCGCUCAACUAAUGCUUGAGGAGGGGGAACCGUUUACUCAGGAGGAAUUUGACGAGAUGAUGCAAACUGCUCUGGAUCCUGUAACCGACACGAUUACCUACGAGUAUUACAUUAAUCAACUUAUGGUGGCAUCUAAAGACGUGUAUAAUAUAGCAGAUGAAAUACAAGAAGAGAAAAAAAGACUAGAGGCGGCGGCUCCUAAAAAGAGGAGAGCCUCUUCUCUCUUGAGAGCGGCUAAGAAUUAAAAUGAAGUUGAGGAGGAUAUCACUAAAAACGAAGAAUCGGCAAAAUAAAUCUUACACCACUUGAAUAAUUUUGAUUAAAUUUUCUCAAUGCAAAUACUCAUUCCAUAUAAAUUGAAUUUAUAGAAAACUUUAUGUAACUCAGUUAAAUCAUUGAAAUUAAUGUGAAAUCAAAAUUAAAUAUUG